AUGGUUUCCAACAAGAAGAGACUAUACGUCGCCUUAUAUCCAAGUGGAGUUGUAGAUGAUGCGGAGAGACAAUACCACUGGGCAUUCCUGGAUGGUCCGAAGGUUGAGAAGGAGGAGGACGUGCCUGGCAUGCGUUACCAUGUCAAAAACACCAUCGUUGGUGGCGAAGUCAAGUGGGUCUACGAAGAGCUGGACAUCCGAAAUGUCCGCAUGACCAAUACACUGCUUGCACGCUUUGUGAUAGCCAAGAUUGAAGAUGAGAAGCGCCUGAUCGAGGUAUUGCGUUCGAUUCCAGUCAUACAGAAAGAUCCUGGCUGGAGAUGUCGGACGUGGGUCGCGAAUGCUUUGGAAGCCUUGAGGCAGGACGGAAAGGCUGUUGGCACAGCCUUGCUCGAUUGGCAGAAGAUUGAACCUGCGGCACGGAAGUACGUUGCAGACAAGAAGGCUGCGGGCCGGUAUAACGAUGUCAAUCAGAUGCAGCAGGCGCGGCCUACGUUUGAUCUGAUCGAGGGUAAGGAAGUGUUGCCGUAGAGUCGAAGCCGCA